CUCCUCCCCUCCCUUCCCUCUCUCCUCCCUCUGGAUGGCUGCAGCCCCCUAGAGCUGAGUCGCUGGCUCUCUUUGCUCUUUUCCACAGCAUUGCAGCAGUCGAGCCUACAGCAAGCAGCUUCCCAUCUCUGCGGCCACCUGCGUCUUGGGCCUCGGCAGCUUUUCCUUCAAGCCCCAAACCUCGCAGAGCCUGAACGCCCAGCACCAUGGCUAGCACCGUAUCUGCAUACAAGGAAAAAAUGAAGGAGCUAUCUGUGCUUUCACUGAUCUGUUCUUGCUUCUAUACCCAGCCACACCCAAACACCAUUUACCAAUAUGGAGACAUGGAAGUGAAGCAACUGGACAAGAGAGCAUCUGGCCAGAGCUUUGAGGUGAUCUUGAAGUCACCUUCAGAUCUGUCCCCAGAGAGUCCUAUACUUUCUUCCCCACCCAAGAAGAAGGACAUUUCUCUGGAGGAACUGCAGAAGAGGCUGGAGGCUGCCGAGGAGAGAAGGAAGACUCAGGAGGCGCAGGUCCUGAAGCAGCUGGCUGAGAAGCGGGAACAUGAGCGAGAGGUUCUACACAAGGCUCUGGAGGAGAACAACAAUUUCAGCCGUUUGGCUGAAGAGAAACUCAACUAUAAGAUGGAACUCAGUAAGGAGAUCCGUGAGGCUCACCUGGCUGCCUUGAGGGAGAGACUUCGGGAGAAGGAACUUCACGCAGCUGAAGUCCGCAGGAACAAGGAGCAGCGGGAGGAAAUCUCUGGUUAAUGGGCUUUUCUAUAUGCUUAGCACCUGGUUCCUGAUCUAAAACAACAACCCCCCCCCAUUUUUAUUUUGUCUAGAUGCAACUUUGUCUCUUCACUACCCUCCCCCUUUUCCUCUGCCUACCCUUAUGCUAACUUCCCUAGUUCAUGCUUCUCUCUUAGGAUCCUUAUCUGUCCAGUCCUUGUGGAAGGCCUUGCUGGCCUUGGAGAACUCUAAACUGAGUAGCCACUAGUUCAUAUGAAUAUACAGUCAAUCACAUUAAUCAUCUGACAAGUCAAUCCACUUGGUUCCUUCCUGGAAUCUUUCAUAAACUUAUGUAAAAGAUGGAGACAUUAAUAAAUUCAACCAACAGAGGCAUGGACAUGUAGAUUUCUUAUCCAAAGUUUGUUCAUGAUACUUUUUUUUUCAUUUAAGAGAGUUUAUUCUGAGCCAACUUUCAGUGUCUAGGGGUCAGGGAAUCAAAAGUAAUCAUUUCUUCUCUGAUGGUAAACCAUGGGAAGAACAACAAUCAAUAUAUCCAGAUGUCUUUAGGAUUAGAGGUGGAAGGAAAUUGGGUGGGAGAGUUAAAAUUAUGGUGGUUUCCCUUUGGGUUACUGGUUCUAGCCCUGAUGAGGCUUGAGGUUGCAAAAAAUAAACAUAACCUGGGGAUAGUUGUUAGUGGACUUGCUUAGAUAGUCUAUGUCUUAGCUUUAUUCCUAGAAAACAGAAAGGAGGGACUGAAUAUAUGGAUGUCAAAUACUAACUCAUGGCUGGUUUUUCAUUAUUAAGCAUAACAUCAGUGCUCAGAGGUGAUAUGGAGACUGAAGAUCUACAUUCUAUGGUAGAAAUGAAGUUUGGAGUUGGGAAACCUGGAACUGUCUAUGACAGUUCCAAUCAGGAGCACUGACAUGUCUAUUACCUAGGACAGAAAUUUUCACAAAAAACAUUAGGAUAGGGAGGAUUAGGUAUUAUAAACCAAUCUAAAGCAUUGAAAAUCAAAAACUUUGCAACGUGGGAUAGUAACUUAUCCUAUAUGGUACUUUUCAGACUUUUUAUGAAGAGGUAAUUAUUACUAACACAGUUAACUCCUCAAGCACUACUAAGAAAAGUUCACAGGAAGCUCUGCUUUAUCCAUCUAUAGACGUACAUAAAGUUCAUAGUUUAUUUUUUUUCAAAGGACUUAAAAAUGGGAAGAUAAAGGACAAUGGGUAGACUCACAAGUGUUGUGUGGUGGAUGGAAGGCCAGGUUUUCUGCUAACUGUAGAGGACACCACCAGUGUGGACUGAUAUAAGAAUGUGCUGUAAAGAUGUUUUGGUAUGUCUACUUGUUCUAUGAAAGCAACAACCUAGGUAGACACAGAUUCCAGAUCCAGACCACAUGUGAGAGUAGACUGAAUACUAGAAGACAAAAUAAAAGGCAAUUACUCAGCAUGACCUAGACCUUUCAUCUUUUUAAAAAAGCCAAACUGUGGUUUCUUUGGUGGCCAUUAGCUCAGAUUUGUGACUUUGAUCUUAGCAACUCAUCUGUAAUUUACCAAGAGUUGCCUAGAGUGCUGAAAUGUCAAGUGACUUUCCCUGGUCACACAGCUUGUCUGUCAUAGGUUUGGAUUGGAGUUCAGAACUUCCAGACUCCAAGGUUGUCCCCUCUAUCCACUAAGAUCUUCUAUUCUAUGCUUGGUGGACAAUAAAGAUUUUAAUUCUUUUCCUUCCUAUAUUUUUAAAACUUGUGGAAACUGGAUACCAUUUGCUUCUAACUUUUAGCAACCUUAUUAAAUAUUUGUUUUUAUUCACCUCUUUCUGGCACUCAACUCUCUGGUAGUAUAACUAAGUUACAUCAGCUGAGGAUUCUUCCAUAUGGCAUAGGUAGCAUGCGGAUAGAUCAUAGGCUCAUGGUCUAUCCCUGUGAGUUGGAGGUGGCAGGGAUCUUAGAGGUCACCCGAUCCUACUCUCUCAUUUUACAGAUAAGGAAACUGAGGCACACAGAUAAUUUGUUCAAGGUCAGGCAGUAGCACAAAGUUAAUAGAUUCAAUUAUCUGAUGAUAAGUGUCUGGGGAAGAGUUGAAAAGGGCUGAAAUCCACAGAAAUAUUUCCUUAACUGAAUCUUGCCCAAACAUAGCUUAUCAUAUUUUCUAUUUUACUGAUGGGAAAAAUAAACAAUAAAAAAAAAUCCCAAACCUCUCUGUCAGUUCCAGUGGGGCUGAUCAUCUUUAAUGUCACAAUUCCUUUCUCUUAAAAUGUAAAGGCCACCUUACAGCCUUGUUUAAAUUAAUCUGGGAACUGAACAAAUUUUCCUUUUCAUACAUUUGCUGAAUCUAGUACAAAAAACUAGGUUAAUUCCUUUUACCUCCUAAAGCACUUGCAUGAGUAAAAACCAAGGCAGGUAGACAUUCAGAGUUAUCUCACGUUGGCCAAAAUAUUCCUUUCACACUAAGUUGUUAAUCUAAUACUCAUACAAAUAUUCAUCACGUGUUUGGAGUUCUUUUGGCUAACUGUACCAGGUGUAAAUUUGCUCCCCACCCUCUUUGCAAAGAUGAGCUACUUUUAAUUUCCUUUAUAUUGGAAGUGGUGAAGUUGGUGCCACUUUCUGUUUCAUUCAUGUUCCAAUGCUAGGUAUGACUUAAAUCUACUGGGCAGGGGAGGGACCCCAGCCAUUCAGCAUUAAAGAAACCGAGUCCCCACAGCUGAACAAGUUUAGCAGUAGUAUUUCUCCUAAAAUUGCUGAAGACUCACCACCAAGAUUGCCUCCAUAGGGAGCUGGAAGCCAUGAUUAGGAUUUAGCCGUGGCCAAAGGCUAAAGUUGCUUGGGGCAGCAAAAGGGAAGAAAAAAUUGAACUGAAGGUUGAAUUUCUUAAUUGUCACCAGUUACUAGCAGGUAGCAACUCUCAUAGCAGAAAUUUAUUAAAAUUCAGACUCAUGUUCUUCAUAUAAUAAGGUAAAAUUUAAAAGUUAAGAACUACUUAAGUUAAAUAGUAAUAAAAUCUGUAUGUGUGUGCUAGAGUGUAAGUAAUGGUUGAAACGGUCCAAAUGUUGGUAUCCUACAUCUUUGGGAUAUGGGAAACUGUCUGCAAUUUAUUAACUUUGUCCUACUACUCUAUGAUUGUUUGCUUGGGGUAUAAUUCCAAACUGAAACUUGUAAAUACUUUUUAUUAGUGAUAAUUCUAAGAAAUGUUGUACUCAUGAGUUUGAAUACAACACAGCAAAACCAUUUUCCCUUUUGACAAGGAUGGGAAAGCUAUUAGUUAGGAAACAGGACAGCCUCGAGGUACAGAAGCCACUCUCAAAAGGAGGAUAUUGAGUUGGGGUUGAAAGAGGCCUUAUGAGUAGAUCUGGACUUAAAGCCAAGGAUGUUUGCCAGUGCUGCCUCAGAGGAUUUAGCCUAAACUACCAAUUUCCUGGGAGUAGCAACUGAUGGUAAUCAGUUUUCCUCAUGAGUCCUGUUGAGGCCUAAGACAUAUGUAGUUUAAAAGAAAAUGAAAUGGUCAAGAUAGAAGUAUCAAGACCAAGGCUCCAUAUUUCUCUUAAUAGAAAACUUCAUAUUCCUUACCUUAAUCCUUGGAUGCUACUAGGUUUCUCUAGGAAAUACAGUUCAACUGCUUCAUAGCACACAGCAUUCCAAUGCCCUCAUCAGUUGCCUGAGGAUAUGAUCCAGCAUUAAUUAGGGAAGGUCAAUGCAAUUCCUCAACAGCUCUUUCUUAGUGGCUUUGCUGAUUGCUUUGAUUUCUUGCUAACUCACUCUUACUGUCCAAGCUGGUCAUCUGGUUAGCUUGUGUCAGGAGUGGGCAGUUUGGGACAGGCCUCCAUCUUUUCACCUACUUCCCAUAACCUUACUCUUUCCCUGUCUCCCAACCUCUGUUUACUAAGGAACAGCAAGUCUUAAAAAAUAAUUAUGGGGACUUCAUGUUGUGCUGAACCCCCGACAUUCCCUAGAUUGUAAAUAGGCAGAUAAUAUCCCUUAGCUGUGCAGCAGAUCUCAGUUGAAAUUAAAGAUAAUUAUCUUUAGUGCUGGAAGUUGUUCCUGACCCCUCAAGCACAACAGUACUACUGCUGGUUUCGUAUAAGAUCAACAAUUUGGAGAGUUAUACCUUCCUUCAAUCAUGUUUGCAAGCCAUUUCUGAGCUUACCCAGAUUUCAAAUCCCAUUCCUAGAGAAGGCACAAUGCCUGCCCCUUACAUCUGACUAAAAAAACCUUAACUAUCCUCCCUCUUCCUACUAGCUCACUGGUCAUUAUCAAUCAUUCUUUAAGGCUGGUUGGGAAGCCUUAAAUUGUAUGACACAAACAGCAAUCCCAUGAGUAGGUAGGAAAUAGAACUGUUUCCUUUUGACUACUUCCUAUCACAGCUUUUCAUGGCUUUAAAGUAGGAAAAUAAGGGAGAUUAAAAAAAAAAGAUAUCACUGGAAAUCCUGCAGAAGUAAAAAUGUCAGAAAAUAGAUUGGGAUUUUGUAAAAGGGUGUAAGCAGGAAAAAAAAGCCAAUCCAAUGCCAUUUUCUCUGUGCAGAGUUGUCAGAUGAGAUUAGCUAUUCUGGGAAGAGUGUGUGUGUGUGUUGACAGGGAUCUGUGGUUUUAGGACAUUUGCAAUUAUAACCCAUUUCCUCUUUAAAUUUUUGGUUAAGCAACCCCCUCCCAAAAAAACUGUCAAAUCAGGGUAGUCCUGGUUUGUAGUCAUGUGGUAGGAGGGAGGUUGGUUUUGUUGUAAACAUUUUUUUGUGGUAGAAAUAUAAGGAUAAAAUAGAAAUACUGAUUGCAGACUGUCAGUGUAAGUAGUUGUUUACAAAUUAAUACACACUCCAUACAAGGACUAUAAGUAUCCAUUUAAAACUGAAAUUUCAAUGUUUCAUUUGGGUUGGUCACUGGGCCAACGUGGUCUUCUAAUUGCAUAGUUCACCUUUGUCUGCUGUACCCUAGCAUUUUAUCCAACCUGCAUUAUUUCAAACAUACAUCUGUAAUGUGUAUGCAUACACUAUGAAGUACAUAGAUGUGCAGACAUGUACAUCCAUGUUUUAUGUAUACACUGACACUUUUAUCCCCACAUGGUCAGGCAAAGGCUGAUUAUGGUGCUAUAGUGAUUUAGUUCCUAACCAUGCUAGGGGAUAAAGUGAUAUAUUAGGACUAAUAAUGCAUCUGUUGGUGUCCUUUGUGGAACAAAGAGGGAGUGCUGGCCACUUAUUAAUGCUUCUUUUAUCAAUAAGCUGGUGGAUCAUAUCCUCUAUGUAACUAAUGCAGUUUCUUUUAAAAAAGACCAGACUACUGACAAAGAAAGUCAAAGCCAAAAGGGCACUCUGCACAGCCCUCAAUGGACCAAGUUUGGGUUUAAUGUCACUGGGCCUACAUAGGAUCCAUUGCUUAAAAGACGGGUGUACAGCUUUCAAAUAUAUAGAACAAGAAGCUUGUGACGGAUUCCUACCAAUCUGAUGUCAUCUAGUUCCUUUAGUGCAUUUCAUUGUCAACUUGAGGUUGUUGUUGUGCAAAAGAAGUGAUGAUAAAAAAAGAAUAAAGUUGGUAUUAAACUA